CAAACCAAAUUUCCCUUCUCCUUCCAAAACUCCUCACGGAAUUUGUACGUAAACCACCCUGGUUGUUUUUUCACCCCCUCCCAUUGCCCCCCCAGCCUCGGUGAGCAGUACUACAGGGAUGCCAUGGAGCAGUGCCACAACUACAACGCCCGGCUCUGCGCUGAGCGCAGCGUCCGCCUGCCCUUCCUGGAUUCGCAGACCGGAGUGGCUCAGAGCAACUGCUACAUCUGGAUGGAGAAGAGGCACCGUGGUCCAGGUUUAGCAGCAGGGCAGCUUUAUUCCUAUCCUGCGCGUCGCUGGAGGAAAAAACGCCGUGCUCAUCCUCCGGAGGACCCGAGGCUCUCCUUCCCUUCCAUCAAACCAGACACCGACCAGACCCUGAAGAAGGAAGGGCUGAUCUCACAGGACGGCAGCAGCCUGGAGGCUCUGCUCAGGACGGACCCCCUGGAGAAACGCUCCCUCCCCGACCCCCGCAUGGACGACGACAGCCUGGGCGAAUUCCCUGUCACCAACAGCCGCGCACGGAAGGUACAGACCCCUCCCCAAACCCCCUCAGAUGAAUUUUGGGUGCCCCCAGCUAUAGCAGUGCCACCCAUCCUCCUCAAAACCCCGUGAGAACCCCCCCAGAUU